CACUCUUAACGCACUCUCUUCACCGAAUCUAGGGUUUUUGUCUCUAGCCUCCUCAAGGUUUGCAACAACAAACAUGGCGACCCAGAUCAGCAAGAAGAGAAAGUUCGUAGCCGAUGGUGUGUUUUACGCUGAGCUCAAUGAGGUUUUAACCAGAGAGCUUGCUGAGGAUGGUUACUCUGGUGUUGAGGUUCGUGUCACUCCUAUGCGUACUGAGAUCAUCAUUAGAGCCACUCGUACUCAAAACGUUCUCGGUGAGAAGGGAAGGAGGAUUAGGGAAUUGACAUCUCUUGUACAAAAGAGAUUCAGAUUUCCUCAGGACAGUGUUGAGCUUUAUGCUGAGAAGGUUGCUAACAGAGGUCUUUGUGCUAUUGCUCAGGCUGAGUCUCUUCGUUACAAGCUUCUUGGUGGUCUUGCCGUUCGUAGGGCUUGCUAUGGUGUGUUGAGGUUUGUUAUGGAGAGUGGAGCUAAAGGAUGCGAAGUCAUUGUGAGUGGAAAACUCCGUGCUGCACGUGCUAAGUCGAUGAAAUUCAAGGAUGGUUACAUGGUUUCCUCAGGUCAGCCAACCAAGGAAUACAUUGAUGCUGCAGUUAGGCAUGUUCUUCUUAGACAGGGUGUGCUAGGACUCAAGGUGAAGAUCAUGCUUGACUGGGACCCCAAGGGCAAACUAGGACCGAUGACACCAUUGCCUGAUGUUGUGAUCAUCCAUACACCGAAAGAAGAUGAUGUUUACAUCGCACCUGCUCAGGUUGUUGCUCCGACUGCUCUUGUACCGGAAGCCCCAUUAACAACCACAGAUUAUCCCGCAAUGCCAGUUGCUUAGAGAGCCUUUUCGUUUUCUUGUUUAAAACCUAAUGGGGAUGGUUCUUUUUUUGGGACAGUACUAGUUUUCUCAUGUUAUUUUAAGAUAAUACUUUUUAAGUUCUUGUGGUUGAAUUACAAAUCAAGGAUAUGGGUGUAU